AUUCCAUAGGCCCGCCUAUCAAAGUUCUGGCUCACUGCUAUUAAAUAAAAGUCCUUUCCAACUACUUGCACCAUUCAAAGUAGAGUGUGCUUUUUUUCGUACCUUCAUAUGGAUGUUUUCUCUUUCAUGGGGUCAUAGCGAUAUCUCAAAGUCCUGGACAUGCUGGAUAAGUCAUUUGAAUUGUUAAUGGUAGACCUCUCCACCUUGAUACUAAGAUGAGUAUCCGUGAUUGGAAGAUGAUGAAGUAAUCCGUUGGUAGUGUCUUCUCCAUCACCAAACAUGUACAAGAAAAAUGAGCAUAAGUCUAUUCUGCGACACAAAGGAAGGUCAAAAGGUACGAUGAACAUCACCGCAUCGAGCAGCGAUUCUGAUCUAAACAUCAACGAUAUGACGUAUGGCGACCAUGACAAUGCAAACCCUACUGUCGGAGUCAGCUCGAUAAGCCCGUCGAAACGGGUUUCUUCGUCAAAUCCUCUUCAUGGAAGCGGCGUGAAUGAAGUCUUCGAUGACGACGUAUCGACUAUUGAUACGCUGACGAGCGCUUCUGGGAUGCAGUUGAAGAUGUCCAACCGGAGAGGGAAAGUGGAAAAACACGACGAGAUAUCUCUCAAUGAUUUCAACACCGAGUCAAAUCCCCAACCGCCUUCGGACACCCUGCCGACGAAGACAAUCAGAUUCUCGAACUUGGACACCAAGGAAGUUUUGGACAGGAAGCGCGACGCCAAAUCCUUCAAACGGCAGAUGAUUCUAAACCAAGAAAUGGAAAGCAGGGGCAGGAAGGUUUCGCGAUUCGAUCUUAUGAAAAGAAAUCGCAUGUCGAUUAGUUUCAUAGGUAAAGGAUCACUCCUUGAUACAGAUCAAGAUAGAUUUGACACAUCUGAGGUGAAUGAAGGGUUUGAUGAUAUCGAUGGUCAUACUGAUUCUCGUACUAUCGACUAUGAUCACAUAGAAAAGGUCAAGAAGACUAAAGAUGGGUUCUUGAAGGAUGUUAAGUCAAAGAUCCAGAAAACAACGAAGAACAACAGGUUGAAUAGAGUCUAUUCACCGGCUCUCAUAGUUAACUUGACUGAGGCAAUAAGGGAUGAUGAUCUCUUUGAUGUAUUGAAUAUUCUAGACCAAAACAGCUACUUCAGUUUGAAUAAAUUGGACAAGAAUAAUCUCUCUCUUUUACACCAUGCUGCUAUUCAUAAUCGAGAUAUCAUUGCACGGGAGUUACUCAAGAGAGGCGCAUGCGUCGAUGUUAUUGAGCUCCAUGUCAAGGCAACCCCGCUUCAUGCUGCUGCUCGUAUGAACAGUGCCGACAUCGCCCACGUCCUCCUAGCACGAUGCGCUGAUGUCAAUAAAAGAACCACCGGUGGUAUGACACCGCUCCACAUCAGUGCGAGGAGGGGACAUGUUGAAGUCACACGGGUUCUACUACGGCUAGGCAAGGCGGACGUGUUUGCAUUAGACAAGGAUUACUGCACUCCUUUGCACUUAGCGGCUGUCAAAGGGAGCAUGGGAGUUUGCAAGUUACUCGUAGACCAUGGGGCCGAUAUCAGAGCCAAAGAUGGUGGUUCCCACACCCCUUUGAUGAAAGCAGUGAUGAAUGGUCACAAUGGGCUCAUCGACUUACUCUUGGAGAAGGCCCGCAAUACAGACAUUCCUGUAUUAAGCUAUCUGAUGGAUGAAGAUAAUGAGAGCAAUACACCUUUACAUCUGGCAGUGUUGAAACGAAAAACAGAGGUCAUCCAACGUCUAUUCGAUGAGGGUGUCGACGUGAACGUUAGAAAGAAGAAUGGAAUGACUCCGAUCCACAUUGCGGCAAUGAACGGGGCUACGACCACGGUUAUGCAGCUGAUCGAGAACGGAGCCGACAUCGACAUGAAGGAUGCUGAAGGCAUGACACCAUUACAUAGGGCUGCAGUAUACAACCGCGUGGAGUCGAUGGCUCUACUCAUUCACGAAGGAGCCAUGAUUGAUGAUAUGGAUGAUAACGGUUUUACCCCAUUACUCUGCGCAGCGUGGAAGGGCCACGUACCUGCUGGUGAACUGCUUCUGACUCGGGGAGCAAAUGUCUACGUCUUUGACGUGCAUCACAAAUCUCCCUUGCACUGGGCAGCUGAGAUGGACCACCUGGGUUUCCUCGAGUUCCUUCUCAAACAUGGCGGAUACGACCUCAGGAAUGAAAUCGAUGAAAACGAUCAGACGGCUCUCCACUAUGCCGCUGAAUCAGGAAAUGUUGAUAUGAUAAAACUGUUGCUAAAGUACGAGGCUGAGGGUGAUGUACGCGAUGUACUCUGCAAAACCCCAGUGCACAUCGCAUCUCAAGCGGGAUUCGUAAAUUGUGUAGAGCAGUUAUUGGACCACACCCCAAUGCUCUUGAACGAGGAUGACUGUGAUGGAAUGACACCAUUAUUAACAAGCUGCUUUUACGGUCGACAUGAAAUGGUCCGAAAACUCCUCAAAAUGGGUGCCGACAUCUCCAAUGUAAACGAUGAGAAUCGGACGGCGCUGAUGCUAGCGGCAAUUAACGACCACGUAGAAACAAUGAGUAUCCUCAUCGAACACAACUGCGACAUCCAUGCCAUUGAUAAAGAAAGGAAUACUGCUCUUCAUGUGUGUUGUGAUGCUGGUCAUAUAGCAGCAGCUAACUUGUUAAUCCGAGCUGGAGCUGACCAAUCAGCAUCAAACAACGAAGGUUUCACCCCUCUUGAGCUAGCCAUUGAGAGAGAACAGGGAGAGAUUGCUGCGGCUAUCAUCAAAAGCAAAGACUGGAGAAUCGCGAUGCAGAGUCGGGAUGAAUUGAUGACCUCGCCCAUGAAGGCCCUGAUCGAAAAGCUCCCCGACGUCGCGCUCCUGGUCAUGGACCGAUGCGUACAUAAGACAUACAAGAAUACACAGAGUUCAUCGUAUUGUGUGAAGUAUGAAUAUCAGUACGUUGAUCCAGGGCCAGACGACGAGUCAACGAAAGUAAACGAGUAUCGAUACUUUGCUAUAAGGACGAUGUGCCAGUUUGGACGAGAGAAGCUUCUUGCCCAUGAGCUAUCGCAAAGCAUCCUCAAGAGAAAAUGGAAUCGGUUUGGACGAUUAUUCUACUACAUGGACCUUCUCUUCUACAUCAUGUUCUUGGUAUCGAUGACACUCUACACCGGUCUUUAUCCAUCUUGGGCUGAUCAAUACCGUAUACACCCUCCUUCUGAUCCUACUGUACCCCCAACUAAUCCAUCGUCAACCACGCCAGGGCCGGUGGAUUCGUCAUCAGUAGGAGCGUCGGACUCUUACCCUGCUUGCCCCUACUUUAAUCUCACAGAACACCCGUUUCUCGCCAAUUACUUUUACUACUACGCACCCACGGAUUCGUUCUACUUCGUCAACACAACACCAGCAAUCAUAUCCUACAUUGUAUUGACUUACUGUGUAACGGUUAUCAUGGGGGAACUCAGUGAAAUCUACGUCGUGCGACUGAAAUACUUUACGGAUUUCACGAACGCGAUAGACUGGGUGAACCUUGGUACUGCUACGAUCUUCGUGUACCCACCGGGAAAGCUGCUCUGCUCCUAUAACUGGAUUUCUGGAGUCAUUGCCAUUUUCUUCUCUUGGAUCAAAUUCAUAUUGUACUUCAAAGGGUUUAAAACUACUGGGCUGUAUGUACUUAUGUUCAUGGAAACUCUAUCGUCAUUGCUGAAGGCCAUGUCCGUGUACAUCAUGUUUGUAGUAUCUUUCUCUGUCACCUUCGAGAUCUGCCUCAGGAAAAUAUACCGAUUUUCCGACAAUACAUAUUCAUUCCUGAGCGUGAUCACGAUGAUGUUGGGCGAGUUUAACAAGGACGAUAUUUUCAACGAAGAUGUUUCUCUCAAACCUUACGGCGUCACAGUCUACAUCCUCUUCCUCGCUUUCCUAUUCCUCAUGCCUAUGGUUCUCAAUAAUCUCACGAUUGGUAUUGCAGUUGGAGAUAUUGAUGAGAUUCAGAAGAAGGCAUUUAUCAAGAGGAAUUCUAUUCAGGCUGACUAUGUAUAUCAUCUUGAAGGAAAGUUUCCUCUUUGGCUUCAGAGAUUUCUCUAUCAACCUGAAUUCAUGAUCAAAGUCACAAAGAACAAAGUGCGAUUCCUACAGUGGUUCUUUCCUAAAGAAGAUGCUGCAUUUGUUGAAACGGAUGAGAAGUCAGCGCCCCGAAAUGCAGAACAUGUCUUGGACGAACUUCGAAAGCAUAAAGCAAUGAUGUCAACUUUGAAACUGAUGAUCAAGCAACAAGGUGACAUUCUUCGACGGGUAGCUGACAAAGAGGGCGUACUUGCCAAGUCACAGGAUUUAGAUACUCUUGAAGAACUCUACGAUGACCCACCUGAUGACCAGGAUGAUGGAGAUAAUCCUACAUCAUCGGUCGUAUAGUAGGAAGAGAUAGACAGAAGGAUAGAAUGAAAGAGAUUGAUCGAAACAAGUUUUUAUCUAUUUAAAAUUUAGAAAUAAGACUUUAUAUUUCACUUGAAAUUUUCCUCGUUCUUAAAUUGCACAAAGGAAGCGGAUUAAUUUUACUAAAUUGAGCUAAGUCUACUUUGAUAAGAGUACCAUUCACUUGUAAAAGCACUCCGAUUCGUCGAGUGUUAGUGCUAAUACUUUAAUGUUACCCCGAAUAAAGCCAAGAUGCCACCCGCCGAAAUAACGAAUGUUGACAUGAUCAAGCAAACUGGUUGCCAAUUUACUGAGGUGACAUGGUUUGAGUUAACCCAUCUAUCUCAUUUCUCCUAUGCACCUGUUAGUCCGUAAUUUUACUGUUAACGUCUCAUCCUGCACGCUUAUUAAAUGCGGCGGAGUCUGUGGGAACCUUUCAUUUUCAUGUCGCUGAUUUGAAAAUUCUUAAGAAAUCUUUAUCCUGGAACCACUGACUUCUUCAACGGCAGCUACCAUGGUAGCCUUGAAAAAAAAAGAAUUUAGAAUCAAAGGAAGGUACCAUAACGAGCAAAAUUACGAUCAGUCGUAGUUUUGUGCAUCGAAAAAUUUAGUUAUCAUAUAAACAAACAAUUUAAACAAGCCUAAAAAAGAUCCAUGGUCAAAAUGUCCAAUAUAUCAGCGAAUUUGUCCGACCUCAAUAAAGGGGGGAAAUUGUAAAGUCAACCAUAAUUCCUAUACGUUUCAACUAAUGAUAAUGGUAAUGUUGGCAGUUAAAUUUAACAUUAAUCUUUACCAAUAUUGUCUGUCGGGGUCGUAUUUACCCGUCACAGCAGUUAUGCAUGGGAACUGCGGUAAUGUUUUAGGAACGGAUACUAAAUUGAAACAUAAUUUUUUAGAAUGUUCAUACGUGUCAUUAUUGCUCGAUUUGCGAAAAGCUCGCUUGAAAAUCAAAAUCGUUAUUCUUAUCAUUGCCAUGGUUAUUAUUGAUAUAAGUUUGAAAUGUUACAGUUUUUUCCAGACCUCAAAGAACAUUUAGAUCUCAAUCAAUUGUUCAAAAUACUUGUGGUUCUAACCACUAUUACCAUAUGGUACUUUUAAAGAAUAGUUUAAACAUGAUAACCAGAAAUAUAUGAAGUGGUAUCUAUUUAAAUUUUAGAAGACUUAUUUUUUAAAUUAUUUUUAAAGUGACAAUAUGAAUUAAAACGCCUUGAUUAUACAGAAUGCAAUGUAGGCCUACUUAUAUUUCAAAAAUGUUAUUGUCCGACAGCUCUUUUUGUCACCAGCUGGGCAUUGGUGAAGUGCUUCAUAACUCUGCAACAUUCUUUUUAAAUCUCCUCAUAUUUUAAUCCUGCUGACUUCGCACACAAUGUGUAAACUGAGCCUUGUUGUUGAGAUGACUGAACAAGCCUCGAUCGAACACAUUCUUGUGCACUACUAUUUAACAAAUUAUGUAUUCACAAAUGAAUAUUUCAUGCAAACUUCAACUGUAUUUGCAGUCUACAAAUUUGUUUGUAUUUUAUUCUUAAGUUUAUGUACUCACAUCGCACACCUAAUGUUGAUAGAAUAUAUAGCACAAGUAUAUGGAAAAAAAUAAGGAAACGGGUUAUGCUUUUUAUGACAUCACGUGAAGGGAAAUAAGAUUUCUUGCUAUUUUACAGAGUUUUCGGACAAAAUUCUCAUUUUAGUCAGGGGCCUUAGGCCCAUAAUUUGAAGUUUUGGGGACAGAGUUUACAAAAGCACCAAACUUUCCCUAUGUCACUAUUAGGUCAAUAGCUUCAUUUUUUCCCACAGAACAUGGUAUUGAAAAUUGCAUCUUCAUGCAAAAAUAUGCUAAUUUAUGUAAAUUAGCAGUAAUUUAUGCAUGAAGCCAUAUGCCAGUAGGAAUUAAUUAAUAAAAGUAAAUAAAGAGAUACCAAACUUUAGGAAAGUCUCUUUCAGGUCAAUAGCUUUAAAUUUCCUUAUCAAACAUGAUAUUGAAAAUUGUGUCUUCAUGCAAAAAUAUGCUAAUUUAUGUAAAUUAGCAGUAAUUUAUACAUGAAGCCAUAUGCCAAUAGGAAUUAAUUAAUAGAAGUAAAUAAAGAGAUACCAAACUUUAGGAAAGUCUCUUUCAGGUCAAUAACUUUAAAUUUCCUUCUCAAACAUGAUAUUGAAAAUUGUGUCUUCAUGCAAAAAUAUGUUAAUUUAUGUAAAUUAGCAAUUAAUUUAUGCAUGAAUAGUGAAAAUUAGUAUAAAGGAAUAAAAAGAAACCAAACUCAAAGAAAAUCUCUAUCAGAUCAAGAGUUUUAAUUUUCCCUAUCAAAGGUGCUAUUGAAAGUCCCGUCUUCAUGCAAAAUAUGCUAAUUUAUGUAAAUUAGCAAUUAUUUUAUACAUGUAUGUAUAAAUUAUCCCAUUCCAAUGGGUAUUAACAGUGGAAAAGGGGCCAAGCAUUAAUUUGAAGUACCUCUAUCAACUCAAAAGCUUUAAUUUUACCAGCAAAACAUGCUAUUGAAAAUCCUGUUUCCAUGCAAAAGUGUGUUAUAUUAUGUAAAUUAACAAUAAUUUAUGUAUGAAGCUGUAUUCCAAUGACUAAGCAAAUAUUACAGUGAAAAGAGGCCGAAAUUUGGAAGAAACCUGUAUCCAGAAUUCAGCCGAAUGUGACCCGAUAUCUCUGAUUACAGCCGAACGAUGGCCUGAUUGUGGACCCGAACCAGAACGAAUGUGCUGAGCUCGGACGGUUCGGGACAGUUAUGCCCAGAAUGAUACAAAUAGGUCCGAAUCUGCCCAGAAUCUCCAAAUGCCUCCCCUAAUCCAACCGAAUGUCACCCAAAUACAUCCCAAAUCUGGCCCGAAUGAAAUUUGUUGUGGUCACAUUCGGGAGUAUUCUGGAAGGUAUUCGGCUGGUUUUGAACAUUUCAAAAUGAGCUGAAUUCCUCAGCGAAUGUUCGCAAAUUUUCUCGCAUUUACGAAGGCAAAACAGAAUAUUCCUGAAACCACCCAAAUACGUGUUAUGGAUGGAUUCGCAGCUGAUUCAGUUCCGUUCUAACCCUAGCUUUAAGCAAGGGUUACACCAAAAAUUUUGCCCAGAAUGGCCUGGACUCGGUACUUAUUCGUCUCCGAUUCGGGGAGCUCCCGGAAUCUAUUUGGAAGGAUCCAGGACUAUUCUGUUCUCCCUCUCCCUAUACGAGAACAUUCGGGAACAUUCGUGAAGGGAUUCUGCUUGUCUUGAAAUGUUAAAAACCAGCCGAAUAUCCUCCAAAAUACUCCCGAAUGUGGCCACGACAAAUUUUAUUCGAGCCACAUUCGGGAUGUAUUCGGAUGGAAUUCGGUUGAAUUACGGGAGGCAUUUGGACAAUUAUUUUGGGAAGUCAAUAAUGCUCUGAUUCGGGACCUAUUCCAGACCAAUUCGACUCUGAUUCGGUCUUAAAUUGAUUGGGAGAAUUUGGUUUUGGUGUUACCCUAGUUUUAGUGAUAGAGAUCAAUUCAUAAGCCAAUAAAGAAAAAUCACUGAAAUUAUUCAGGUCACCGUCAACAAAGGGACGACAGAAAAAGAAGAAUGAUCAGGUAUCUUUGCUCAAAUCUGAU